AUGGAAAUUACACUGAAAGGAUUCCCCAUAAAGGUGGCCAGCAUCCCAUGGAGGAACAACAACCUGAGCUCUCUGCACUCUGAGCCCCAGCUGUCUGAGCAAGGGGAGACUAUCAUCGGCAUCUACCUUCUAAUACUGGGAUGGCUGUCGUGGUUUGGGAACAGUUUGGUGAUCUUCGUCCUGUACAGACAGAGAGCCACGCUGCAGCCCACAGACAUCCUCACCCUCAACUUAGCCAUUUCUGACGCUAGCAUCUCUGUGUUCGGAUACUCCAGAGGCAUCUUCGAGAUAUUUAACAUCUUCAAAGACAACAAAUACCUCAUCACCUGGAUAUGGACGUGUCAGGUCGACGGCUUUUUCACGCUGCUGUUUGGCCUCACUAGCAUCAACACUUUGACCGUCAUAAGCAUCACCAGAUAUAUUAAAGGGUGCCAUCCAAACAAAGCUCAAUGCAUCAGUAUGAGCUCCAUAGCUGUGUCUCUUGUCUGCAUUUGGACCGGAGCGGCGUUUUGGUCGGCUGCUCCGCUGUUUGGAUGGGGAAGCUACACAGACCGGGGCUAUGGCACAUGUGAGGUGGACUGGUCCAAAGCCAACUACUCCACCAUCCACAAGUCCUACAUCAUCUCCACUCUGAUCUCCUGCUUCUUCAUCCCGGUGGUCAUCAUGCUCACGUCCUAUGUCUCCAUCAUCAACACGGUCAAAAGCACCAACGCCAUGUCCGCAGACGGCCUCCUGACCUCACGCCAGAGGAAAAUGGAGCGUGACGUCACCAGGAUUUCCAUUGUGAUCUGCACUGCCUUCAUCAUGGCCUGGUCUCCAUAUGCGGUGGUGUCCAUGUGGUCGGCCUGGGGAUUUCAAGUGCCAAACACCACCAGCAUCAUCACCCGAAUGUUCGCCAAGUCCGCCAGCUUCUACAACCCACUCAUCUACUUCGGCAUGAGCUCCAAAUUCCGCCAAGACGUGUCGGUCCUCAUCCCCUGCUCCAGAGAACGCAAAGAUGUGGUGCGGCUGCGAAGGUUUAAGGACAUGAAAGGUAAAGGUGACGCCACGCCCCAGCCCGUGUCCAUUCUCGCUCGUGCCAAAAAGCAGGAAGUACGAUUCGAGACGGAGGAAAAGGUGCAGUGCAGAAAGGACAGUGAUUCGGGAGUGAACAGCCCCCCCGAGACCCCGCCAUCAGGGCCUCAGGAAAUCUACUACGUUAAAGUCCCGGACCACAUCGAGACUUCUGAGUACGUGUGUGACCGGCUCUGA